AUGACACCACCAUCCGAACAUCAACAAAAUUUUGAACUGCCACCGGAAUCGAAUUGGGGUUGGGAAAAGAUGACUGAAAUGUUCGGAAAAAGAGGGAAAAAGGAUGAUCCGAAUUUCCGGGAAAUAGCAGCGGUGGUGACGCCGAAGCAACCGAGGUCAAAGAUAGACCUCACUGUUUCGGCUCUAUUGGGGCGAAUUUGGAGAAACUUGUUCCCAACUUCAACACAGGUUUUAUCAUCACAAAAGAUUGAUCAUCCCCGUUCAAAGCAACAGCCGCAAGAACAAGGAAAGCAAGGAACUCCUCUGGUUGUUGAUGAAUCGCUGCUAAAGUUGCAAGUUGACCCAGCCAAUGGCGAUCCAAAACCCUCACAAGUUAGUAAGUCGUCGCGGCUGCAAGAUGAGUCUGUCGUACCAAUUGAGAAAGCCCAAGUUGAAAACCCGCCGGAAGCAGUUCCGCAGCCGGCGAAAGCUCUAGAGGUAUCGACCUCUAGAUUGACUGUGAAGUUAAAGCUUAUGGUUCCUGUUGAUAUUCCAGAAAGCCCACCGCCGCUGGUUGUUCACUCUCGGAUGGAAGUCAUCCCUGUUGAUGCCAAUCCGCCUCCUACUACUGUUGCGAAGCCACUGUCGCCAAAAAGAGAAGUUCGAAUUAGAUCACCCACUCUCAUCAACUGCUACUGGAGCUGUUGA